GUUAGGCUGACGGCGGCAACCGAUAAAGGUCACCGGAGCCAGGGUGCCGCGCCACGCCACAACCAAGAGCAUCUCGAACGUCAAUAGACAAUGCUGCCACACCAUUGAAUCCGACCGAUCGCUACUCCGAGAUUUAAUAAGAUGACUGAGAUUUCAGCUAGGGAGCAAGAAUAGGAGGCACAAGAGAGGAGUGUAGAGGAAUGAGUACCAAAGGGGUUGUGAUUUUUAGGUGACAGGAACGAACUCCCUAACCCUCCAGGUACGGGGUGUUACAUACUCUGACAAAGUUUUAGUCUCUGAGUUCCUGGGAUGAAGAGUUUGGAGGCCAAUGCCGGCGCUCUCACCAAUUUUGAAGUACUCGACUUUCUAAGGUCUAAAGGGGCUGCAAAUGAUUCUACUCGGGUUCUUGCUAAAGUAGCACCUUCCGAGUACAAGGUAUAUGACUAUUUGGUUCAGAGUGCUGCUUGCAAGCAAACCAGAGAGAAUAUCAAUGAGUUCUUGGAAAGGUGUAAAAAGUAUGACCUUGCAAAGGCCGAGUUGCUAAAUAUUAUCAACAUUAGGCCGUCUUCUGCAGUUGAAAUCUAUACGAUUGUUGAGGAAUGUGAGAAACGUUUUGGAGAUGCAGUUGAGGAGCUAGUAGAGUUGGUUGAAAAGGUGUUGCCACCACCCCCGAUUGAACUGAAACCUGAAGAGGGGAUUGAUGAAGGUAAAGAAGAAACUGGGAAUAUUGAUGGUGGCAAAGACGAACCUGCAACUGGGGAACAAAUGGGAUAGAAGUUGAGGCCUUAUAAAACCGUGCAAAGCUCGAAACUAUUCAAAAUCAUCAGGUAGUGUGAAAUGUGAAUUGCUUAAUAUUAGAUUAUGCACGUGGUCAGUAUGCUAGGUGAGAAAGGCAAAUACUAAAUUAGUUUUAUAGCUUAAUAUUAGAUCAUGAACAUGCUCAGCAACUCGUGAGAUUCCGUAAUUGGGUUCGGUUUAUAGCUGUAUUUUGCAUUAGAAACUAUAGCCGGGUCUACUUUUACAUGGAAAAUGCGCUUGCCUUGUUCAGUAAA